AUGGGAUCCUACUCAGCAGAGCCUGUGAAGCCAUGGGUUGAGACGCCAUGCUUGUAUUCUCCCCAAGUCUCACGCGCAGCUGGCUGUAACAUUUACCUCAAACUAGACAACCUCCAGCCCUCGGGCUCGUUCAAGUCUCGGGGUAUUGGCAACAUGAUGCAGCGCGCCAUAGCCCUCACGCCUAGGGACGACGUACACUUCUAUUGCGCAUCAGGCGGCAACGCAGGUCUGGCGUGUGCCACAUCUGCCGCGUCGCUCGGCAAGCCCGCCACCAUCGUAGUACCCGUCAAGACCCCACAACACAUGGUCGAGAAGCUCGAAUCCCUAGGAGCCGAAGUCCUUCGCCGGGGCGGCAGCAUCGCCGAGGCAGACGCGUACCUCAAGUCGCAGCUGCUGAUCAACGAUCCGAACGGCGUCUACGUCUCGCCGUUUGACCACCCUGACAUAUGGGAGGGCGCCUCGAGCAUCGUCGACGAGAUCACGACCCAGAUGAGGCUGCAGCCGGGAGGGCCCAAGGAGGCCGACGGCAUCGUGUGCAACGUCGGAGGUGGCGGUCUUAUGAUCGGCAUCAUGGACGGGCUGGACCGCAUCUACUGCGGCCGCCCGCAGCAGCCCCGGGUGCUGGCCGUCGAGACGCGGGGAGCUGAGAGCCUUGACGCCAGUAUCCGCGCCGGCGAGCUCGUGACGCUGCCCAAAAUCACGUCCAUCUGCUCGUCGCUGGGUGUGGCCAGGGUGGCGCCCCGCGCGUACGAGUGGACCAAGGCCGCGGCGGGCCAGCUCGUCACGACUGUGGUGGACGACGCGGACGCCGUCAUGGGGUCCGUCAAGUUCCUGGACGACGCGAGGCUUCUCGUUGAGGUGGCCUGCGGCGCUACGAUCUCGGUCGUGUAUAACGGCCAGCUGAGGCAGAAGCUGGGCAAGGGCCUCAGCGACGCCGAGUGGGCCGAGAAGAACAUAGUCCUGGUGGUGUGUGGUGGCUCACACACCACGCUCGAGGCGCUCUUGAGGUACAAGGAAGAGUUUGGAGUAUAA